AGCAUUCAUGAUCUACGAUCAAUACCGGAAGAAGAGUCAACUCUUCAAGACCAACGUGCUGCUGAUUCCGCUGGGUGAUGAUUUCAGAUACCAGGAUGAUUUCGAGUGGGAUAAUCAGCACGACAAUUACAAACGGCUCUUCGAUUAUAUGAACAACAGACCAGAGUGGAACGUGAAGGCCCGCUUCGGCACCCUGGCUGACUAUUUUGAUGCGUUGGAAUCGAGGUUGAAGGAGGAGCGGAAGCAGCUGCCCAUUUUGUCCGGCGAUUUCUUCACCUAUGCUGAUCGUGACGAUCAUUAUUGGAGUGGCUACUUCACGUCAAGGCCCUUUUACAAGCACAUGGAUCGCGUCCUACAACACUACCUGAGAACUGCCGAAAUUUCCUACUCCCUGGCGCGCAUAGACGGCGGCGGCGAUCUGGACGAUGGCGUUUUGUCAAAAUUGGUUGAGGUCCGCCGAGCCCUCUCGCUUUUCCAACAUCAUGACGGCGUUACUGGCACGGCCAAAGCGGCGGUGGUGAAUGAUUACGGAGAAAAGAUGCUCUCCGCGCUGAAACGUGCCGAGGAGGUCACGACGAUUGCCAUUGGUUCUUUGCUGGGCAACAAGUCUCGUAUAUCGAUGUCGUUUGACGAAUUUCGGGCCAAGCAAGACGCGAUGCCGGAAGCGCGUGUCUUUGAGGCCGAUAGCUCGCUCCUACUUUUCAACACUUUGGCGCAUGCGCGGGCUGAAGUUGCCUGUAUCCAGGUGGCUUCUCCUAACAUACGAAUCAAGCGCUCCGACGGCACCCCGCCCGAACAACAGCUUGCCCCAGUUCUCGGCCACCGAGGCGGUCGCGUUCACAGCCAACCCGGACGAUUUGAGCUGUGCUUCUGGGCAGAGGUCUCAGCCCUUGCAUCCGAAGUUUUUGAGCUACAUUGGAUGGACGAGCCGUCGACCGCUGAGCUGGUGCUCGUCAAAGGCCGAGCAAAACCGGAAGGUCUUGACGAUUUCUUCGAAUUCGAGCAAAGCAGCGGAAGCGUCGAGCUAUCUAACUCCUUACUGACGGCGGUCUUCAGUGGCAACACCGGUUUUUUGAAGGUAAUUUUUUGGCAC